AUGGACGCCAAGAAAACGGCGCUGCCGGCCGUCGACGAAGUCCAAGAACCACCGGACUCGUUGGCCACCGCGGCCGCCCGGCUCCUGGAGCGGGACGGCGGCGGCGCAAGCGAACCGACGGCCCGGUACGACGGCCGCGAAACCGACGACGGCGACGACGACGACGACGACGAGUUCUUCUUCGACAGCAUCGAGAGCAGCCUGGCCACCAGCCAGGCCAGUUCCAGGCGGCCGCCGCCCGAAUGCGAUUCCAUCGACCUGUCGCAACCGGACGCGUCGUUGACCUGA